AUGGAUGCCGACUUCACCUACGAUUGCGCAUGUGAGGGCAAGGCAGUGAACGAAUCUUCACCUCAACCCGACCGAGAGCUCACCGAACCGCAAGAGUCUCAAAUUCGGACGACGGCAACGCAAGGACUCUUACAACAAUGGUUCAACUUGCCCGAAGAGAUCAAGGCGAAUAUCCUAAAAUGGGUCGAGAGGAGAGACUUGAGGUCGUGUCGUCUGGUGGACAGGCAAAUGGGUUCCACGGCCACUCGCAUUCUCUUCCGAACAGUUUGUCUAUCUCCAAGCAUGAACAGCGUUGCCCGUUUGUGCAACAUAUCAUUCGAUGGCACUCUCGGGAGUCUCGUGCAUACCAUCGAGGUCCACACGCACUACCUGAUCGAGGCGCCAUUCAGCCAAUUUGUUAGAUCCGGCCCUCUGGCUCAACGACUUCAAAGCCUGGCCCCGCUUGACGCAGCUGUGGAGGCGCUCGAGCUUUCUGGUGCAUACAACGCCGAGAUACACUCUCAAGCCACUUUCGCAAAUGAGGGACCCCCGUUGCUUUGGAUCGCGCUCAAGAAAUUUCCGCAGCUUCGACACUUCAUACAUGUCAGACCAUCAGCUCGCACUACAACCGGAUCUUACCUGCUCGAUGAUGAUUCGGAUCUGAUGAAACGGACAGGUGUUUGUAUGCUGGAUGGUACAAAGCAAUUCCCGCUCAUGAAUUCUGUCUUGCAGAAAUGUCGGCACUUGCGACCUAGGUCGAUCGAUUUGGCAUCGCUCUACUGGUGGGAGUUCUACAACAUCUCCCACAUCCCACAUCUCACAGAGCUGUUGUCCGGAGUCACCCGCUUCAAGCUGACCUUACAAGUGGAAAGCUUUGAUCGGCCUCGUUGCCGCCUCCGCGCAAAAAGUAAUUACUGGGCAAAUGGCCUGACCAAAUAUCUGACCCAGCUUCCCCGUCACUUACUUGUGGUGGAAAAUUUGUGGCUUGGUUUCGACCGUAUGCCCUCGAUGAACAGAAUUGUUGAGCCUGUAUGCGCCUACGCCUUGAGAAGGAUGACUGCGCUGUUCCUCAGGUCCACAAAACUAGGGAUGUUGUAUUCGAAUCUGAGAAUCCUCAUCUUGGAGAACAUGGCAACUACUGUCAAGGAGCUAUCUGAGUUCAUCCUGACACAUACAGGCACACUGAAGUCCUUGACUCUGGCGAACUUGUAUCUCAGAGGGAUUGCAGCCAGCCCGAAUGCUGGAAUUUUGUGUUCCAUCAUCAAACUCACAAUGUUCUUGAAUCAGUCUCUCAAGCUGAGCAGUAUGGCUUUCCGCGGCAUCUUCCGGGAUCAUCUCGACGUUUCGCUCGUGUGCAGUGCCCAAGGACCGGGAAGCAUACUGCACCGCGUUCAAGAACAUAUCUGUCACCGUGGGGACUUUCCUCUGAAGGAGCACAAGGUCAAAGAGGGCAAAACAGCAGAGAAUCAGAGCUUCGCUCCUCUAGACGGGAACUCGUUCACCGCCGCGGAGCCAGGGAGAAAUGUCACGAUGGGCCUGACAGUUGACGUGGAUGAGUCGUGGUAUCUGGAAGGAACGAGCACGACGAUAGGUCUCUGA